AUGAAGUGAAUCUUCCAGAUAGCAAAAUAUUUAUAUUGGAAAAAUGGUAGCAUAAAUAACUUUUUCGGAUUAAGCAAAGGUCCUUUAUCCAAGCUUUGGACAAUACUUUAUUUUGCAUUAUCUCAGUUGGGGACUUCCAUGAUUAAUUUUAAAAAGUGAAUAAUAAUCAUCCACGCCAACAUUCUCGAUGAAUUUUGAAAUUUUCUUAUUUGAAUUUAUCCUAGCAAUCGGACUUAUUUUUGCAAUAAUAUGACUAUUUUAAAUUAA